GAAGCCGACCCUCCCGCCUCGCCCGGUCACCGCGAUGCCCGCCCCGCAGUGCGCCUCCUGCCACAAGGCGCGAGCCGCCCUCCGCCGUCCGCGCUCGGGCCAGGCGCUGUGCACCACCUGCUUCUGCACCGCCUUCGAGGCCGAGGUGCUGCACACGGUGGUCGCGGGCCGCCUGCUGCCGCCCGGCGCCGUGGUGGCCGUGGGCGCCUCGGGCGGCAAGGACUCCACUGUGCUGGCGCACGUGCUGCGCGAGCUGGCCCCGCGCCUGGGCAUCUCGCUGCACCUCGUGGCCGUGGACGAGGGCAUCGGCGGCUACCGGGACGCGGCGCUGGCGGCCGUGCGGCGGCAAGCAGCACGCUGGGAGCUCCCGCUCACCGUCGUGGCCUACGCAGAGCUCUUCGGGGGCUGGACGAUGGACGCUGUGGCCCGCAGCACGGCCGGCUCCGGCCGCAGCCGCUCCUGUUGCACCUUCUGCGGGGUGCUGCGACGCCGGGCGCUAGAGGAAGGGGCGCGCCGCGUGGGAGCCACGCACGUCGUGACGGGACACAACGCCGACGACAUGGCGGAGACGGUGCUCAUGAACUUCCUGCGGGGCGACGCGGGCCGGCUGGCGCGGGGCGGGGCCCUGGGCUCUCCGGGGGAGGGGCGCGCGCUGCCGCGCUGCCGCCCGCUGCAGCUCGCCUCGCAGAAGGAGGUGGUGCUGUACGCGCGCUUCCGCCGCCUGGACUACUUCUGCGAGGAGUGCGUGUACGCGCCCGAGGCCUUCCGCGGCCGCGCGCGCGACCUGCUCAAGCUGCUGGAGGCGGCGCGGCCGUCGGCCGUGCUGGACCUCGUGCACUCGGCCGAGCGCCUGGCGCUGGCCCCGGCCGCGCGGCCCCCGCCCCCCGGCGCCUGCUCCCGCUGCGGGGCGCUGGCCAGCCGCGCGCUCUGCCAGGCCUGCGCCCUCCUGGAAGGCCUGAACCGCGGCCGGCCCCGCCUGGCCAUCGGCAAGGGCCGCCGGGGGCUGGGCGAGGAGGGGCCGCGGGCGCCACAGCCGUCCGGACCCCCGACUUCGGAGCCCAUCCCCGGCUUCUAGAGACUGCAGUUCGCCGCUGGGAUCCGACGACGUGGCAGUGCGGGGCCGCCUGUAAACGACACUGUGAAGGAACCCGAGUUACCUUA